AUGCUGGUAGGGACUGCAGUUUGGCCCACCGACGUUCAGGGUGCUGUUACUGUAAUUGGUGCGCGUUCGUAUCUGGAGGGAGUUGCAAAACGGGUAGUGGCCAUAUUAGAAACUAGAUAUAUUUCUGGCAAUUCGCUUCCAAUUGCAGAUUAUAUUGCUCCCAUACAACUCACCGAACGUGGUAUUUCAAUUAAAGGAAACGUGUCGUUUCAUUCUGCUUUUGUGACAAAAAUUGAUUCGAUCGAAUUUGAUUCUCAGCGCUAUUCAGAAACUUUACAGGACGCAUACAUCAGCGUAAAAGGAGCCUUGAAAUGGCAUGGAAUCGGAGUGGUCUUGGAUUUUGAGGCCGAGCUGGAGGACUAUAAAGGAACGGGAACACUAUACGUAACAUACAAUCAAUUCGAUUUGCCCUUAGAGAUUACCAAAUACUUUAACGCAACGGAACCGACCGGAUCGCUGAUGUUCAUGUCCAUCGAUAAUUCGAACAAAAUCGUAACGGUGGGACAUCCUAAUGACAAGCACGUGCAAAUGAUUUCUCGAGCCAUAAUGACUAAUUUCGAUUUUCGCGAUAACAUGAUUGCAUCAUUUAGAAAUUGGAACUUUCAGAACUUGCUUAAGGCGGUUAUCGACGAAAUGCCAUUCCCGGAGGUGUGCUACAACUGCUAA